GAAUCUCACUCCAUCGCCCAGGCUGGAGUUCAAUGGUGUGAUCUCAGCUCACUGCAACCUCUGCCUCCUGGGUUCAAGCGAUUCUCCCCGCUCAGCUUCCCGAGCAGCUGGGAUUACAGGUGCGCGCCAUCAUGCCCGGCUAAUUUUUGUGUUUUUGUAGAGACGGGGUUUCACCAUGUUGGCCAGGCUGGUCUCGAAUUCCUGACCUCAGGUGAUCUGCCCACCUGGGCCUCCCAAAGUACUGGGAUUACAGGUGUGAGCCACUGUGCCGGGCCAGGACACCUCCUUUGAUCACUUUAUCUAAGGCACACUCAAGCACUGCAUCGUUUUUUUCCCCCUCAACACUGUCAGCCCUGACAUAGUAUAAUAUGGAUUUUUAAAUUGUGUCUCCCUGGCUGGAAUGAAAGUCCAUGACCAUGAGCUGGGACAUUAUUCCAUUUACUAGUUUCUUUGGGAGCUGUUUCUUUACUUGUAAAAUGGGCAUUUCUGGGUUCAAGUUCCUUCUGACCAGGAUGUUCUGGGGAUAUGAAUUUCUGCUGUCUCGUGGCAGACCUGAAUCACAAAUAUUUUUUCCCAGAUAUGGAACUGUAUUGCAGGUGGGCUUUGCGUGUUUCCAGGACCCCUGAGACUUCUCUUUUUUUUUUUUUUUGAGACAGAGUUUUGCUCUUGUCGCUCAGGCUGGAGUGCAAUGGCGUGAUCUCAGCACAGCGCAACCUCUACUUACCGGUUUCUAGCGAUUCUCCUGCCUCAGCCUCCCGAGUAGCUGGGAUUACAGGCAUGCGCCACCACGCCCGGCUAAUUUUGUAUUUCUAGUAGAGACGGGGUUUCAGCAUUUUGGUCAGGCUGGUCUCAAACUUCUGACCUCAGGUGAUCCGCCCACCUUGGCUCCCGAAGUGCUGAGAUUACAGGCGGAGACUUCUUCACCACCAGUUUCCCACUAUGGGAGUCUGUAUCCUUACCACCGAAGGUAAGGUUGCAUCAUAGUCUGGCAAUAUUUUUUUGAUCUUUAGACACAGUUCAAUGAGAAGUAUUCGAAGCAGUAAAAAUGAAUCACAUUCCGACUACUGACUUUUACUAAAAAGAGUACUAUUAGAUGAAAAUAGUUUUCACACUAUUAUAUAAAAAGACCCAUUUUACUUACCCUAAAGCUAAGAUCAAUUAACAGAACCCCUGGGAUAACAGCCCAGGCACCAAAUCAGGCAUCUCAGAGUCGUCCUUGACUUCCCUAAAUCGCUUUCCCCCAUCUCAGAUUCAAGAUGUGCCUCUCCAGCCAGGCCUCUCCUGCCAGGACGGUGGCCACAGGGCCAUCUCCCUCUCCUGGCGCCCCCAACUGCCUGGCCAAGGUGACUGCUACACACGUGGGGUCGCAGAAUCCCUCGAGUCACAACGUCUUCAACGUCUUGUCAGUCCCCUGAUCGCACUAAACGUAUUUAAAGCCCCCCACUCCUUUAACAGGGUCACCUCUGUGUACAGGCGGCCUCCUCCUACUAAGUGUAGUAGCGUUCAAGGCUCCGAGACACAGGCCCCUCCCGCGUCACUCCCCGGGCACAGGAACUCCUACUCAUCCCUCAGUCAUCAGCUCGAAGGUUUCUUCUCCAAGAAGCCUGCCCGGCACUCGAGAAGUAGAGCCGCGAGCCUUCUCCCGGGGGCCCAGCCUUCCCCAGUACGGACAAGGAUCACCCGGGAGCCCGCGCCGGGCCCCGCUGAGGCCAGGGGCUCCUCGGAGGCGCGGGAAAGCCGGGGAACCAGCGCAGUUACGGCACACACGAUGCGGGGCCUGCACGGAUACCGGGCGCCCGGUCCUCAGUGGUAGGACAGAGACUCCGCGGAAUGGACACUGAGGUGGGGGAGGCCGCGGAGACCCCAUACCGCACUCCAGGUGCCAGGCUCCGCCCCGCCACUGACGGCGCUUCCGGAUCCGGCGUGUGCCGGAAGUGGGCGGGCGACGGCGGCUGCGCGCGGAGGCGGUGGAGGAGGUGCUGGGAGCAGCCGGGCAGCCGCUUCCCGCCCCCGAGCCGGAGCCGGUGAGAGCUGAGCAGAGCCGAGGUCCGGCCGCGAGCGGAGCCGGCUGAGCGGGCGCCGAGCUCCCGCCAUGGCCCGGAACACGCUGUCCUCGCGCUUCCGCCGGGUGGACAUCGACGAAUUUGACGAGAACAAAUUUGUGGACGAACAGGAGGAGGCGGCGGCGGCGGCGGCGGAGCCAGGCCCGGACCCGAGCGAGGUGGACGGGCUCCUGCGGCAGGGGGACAUGCUUCGGGCAUUCCAUGCAGCCUUGCGGAACUCUCCCAUCAACACCAAGAAUCAAGCUGUGAAGGAGCGAGCCCAGGGUGUGGUGCUGAAAGUGCUCACAAACUUCAAGAGCAGCGAGAUUGAGCAGGCUGUGCAGUCACUGGACAGAAACGGCGUUGACUUGUUAAUGAAGUACAUUUAUAAAGGCUUUGAGAAGCCCACAGAAAAUAGCAGCGCAGUGUUACUCCAGUGGCACGAAAAGGCCUUAGCAGUAGGAGGACUAGGCUCCAUUAUAAGAGUUCUUACAGCAAGAAAGACUGUUUAAAAAAAAUAAAAAGACUCAUGUUACCUUGAGAAGAAUUCGGGAUGCCCAGGCUGGUGAAGGAAGGGAUUGACAAUGGACCAUCUUCCUAGGAACUCCCAAGUAAACUAUUUCAGGACAUGUAUCUGCUGAAAUGUAUUUUAUUUUCAAGAUGGAGGGGAAAAUCGUGUUUCCUAAAUCCUGUUUAGGAUCUGAUAGUCUAUGCCUUUGUCUCCGAGUACUGCAGAACUGACAUUUUGAUGGUCUACCAGAGUGGUGGCUGGUGUUGGUCAGGUGCACCUGUGUGCACUGGGGGAGGGAUGGUUUGGGCAGGUGCAGAUCUAAGGGUUGUGGUAAACGGGAGAGCUUGUGUUUUUGAAGUGGGAAAAAACCCAAGAGUUUGUACAGACAUCCUGUCUUCCCAGAGAAGGUGGACACUCUUGGGCUCAUUGUAAAGUGCCUGCUGCAUCAAUAAAGCUCUUGGCUUAUUAGUAUAUA